CUCAAGAACCAGAUCAUGACGACCAACUUGUGGGUGGAGCAGUACUGGUUCGACUACAAGCUGAUCUGGGAGCCCGAGGAGUAUGGAGGAGCCAAGAUGCUGCACGUGCCCUCUGACCACAUCUGGCGUCCGGACAUUGUGCUCUAUAACAAUGCUGACGGGAACUUCGAAGUGACUCUCUCCACCAAGGCGACGCUCCACAUGAACGGCCUGGUUGAGUGGAAGCCGCCUGCCAUCUACAAGUCCUCGUGUGAGAUUGACGUGGAGUACUUUCCCUUCGACGAGCAGACCUGCGUCAUGAAGUUCGGCUCCUGGACCUACGACGGAUUCCAGGUCGACUUGCGCCACCUGGACGAGAUGGAAGGAACGAACGUGGUGGAGAUAGGCGUCGACCUCUCAGAGUUCUACCGGUCUGUGGAGUGGGACAUCCUGGAGGUACCAGCCGUCAGACACGAGAAGUUCUACACGUGUUGUGAUGAGCCCUACCUGGACAUCACCUUCAACAUCACCAUGAGGCGGAAGACGCUUUUCUACACCGUCAACCUCAUCAUCCCCUGCAUGGGCAUCUCCUUCCUCACCGUCCUUACCUUCUACCUGCCGUCAGACUCAGGCGAGAAGGUGACUCUGAGCAUCUCCAUCCUCAUCUCUCUCCAUGUGUUCUUCCUGCUGGUGGUGGAGAUCAUCCCGCCGACCUCCCUGGUGGUGCCGCUGCUCGGCAAGUACCUCAUAUUCGCCAUGAUCCUCGUCUCCAUCAGUAUAUGUGUGACGGUCCUGGUGCUCAACGUCCACUUCCGGUCGCCCCAAACACACAAAAUGGCGCCCUGGGUGAGGAGGGUGUUCAUCCACAUACUGCCGCGGCUCCUCAUCAUGAAGCGGCCCCAGUACCAGCUCAAACACAGCCUGUUGACGCCAGGAGGCACCACCAAGCCCAACAGCAUGACGGACGGGCCUUUCUCCACCACCUGUCGUAUCCACGGCUCCACCAACAUCCACGAGGACGCCUACACGCUCGAGGACGCCGACAAAAGUCCCACCUUUCGUCCCUUCCAGCACAACCUGCCACACUGCUCGCCGGAGGUCCACCGCACUUGCUGGUGUGUUAACUUCAUCGCUGAGCAUACCAGACUCAAGGAGGACUCGACCAAGGUGAAGGAAGACUGGAAGUACGUGGCCAUGGUGCUGGACCGACUAUUCCUGUGGAUCUUCACGCUGGCGGUGCUGGUGGGCACGGCUGGCAUCAUCCUGCAGGCGCCCUCCCUCUAUGACGACCGGGUACCCCUGGACAAGCUCCUCUCAGACGUGUACCGUCAGCAGCGCUUGAACGUCUAAGUCAUGUUGCUGUGUGGCUGCUCCCCUCUGACCCCUCCUCACCCCUUCCGUCACCACCAUCUACUCUAGCAGACUCAGUUAGCUUCCGAAGACAGGUGCCUAAGAGAGGUGGCAUUCACAGGAGCCAGGAUACUCGAGGACGGCAGCUGUGGCCAAACAAAACCCUAGACUCUAUGUAGCUGCUCGCCAGGUGAUCACCAAGCAUACAUAGACUUCCCUGAUACCGGACCCAAGCUUGAGCAAGAAACUCCCUAGUGGCUGUUCAGAGCUCGCCGGUGUGGGAAGAUUCAGAGUUUACAGUGGAGACAGAGGUUUGAAGUUUUUUGUACUACUCUGUAACCCUCGUUGACGAUCACUCCCCGCCGGGGCUGACGAGAACGAGGACCCUCCCUUCCUUCUUCCCCCCGGCGUGUGCGUAGAUGAGAAGAUCUGUUUUCUAUGAACCAUUGAGAUUUUGAUAUAUGAACAGUGUUAAGAUACUACCCAGUGUAACAAAUAUGUGCAAAAUUUACAGUUGUGUAGACUUUUUUUUUAACUCUCUCUCUCUCUCUCUCUCUCUCUCUCUCUCUCUCUCUCUCUCUCUCUCUCUCUCUCUCUCUCUCUCUCUCUCUCUCUCUCUCUCUCUCUCUCUCUCUCUCUCUCUCUCUCUCUCUCUCUCUCUCUCUCUCUCUCUCUCUCUCUCUCUCUCUCUCUCUCUCUCUCUCUCUCUCUCUCUCAGAAUAUAGCAGUCAACCAUUACAUUAUCCACGUUCUUCCACCGCACAAUCCAUCAUCGCAGACCGUGUCACGAUCAUCCGAGUCCUCACCAUAUCAGCCCUAUCACCACCACCACCACCACCACCCACCACCACCACCACCACCACGACCUUCCUCAGCCAGCCAUCAAUCACCAUUCCACUAUAAUAGCCGUACACCACACCACCAACCCUACCUUUCCUUUCACCACACACACACACACACACACACACACACACA